GGAACUGUCAUACUCACAGCACCCAUGUGGACAUGUUUGUUGUAUAAAUUUCCCCCUUAGAAAAAAAGUAAUUAUUAAAUACAAAAAUGGCGUCAAUGGUUGAAUCUAUGGUUGUUGAUGAUAAACAAUUACCAGAAAAACCAGUCGAUAGAGAAAAGACAUGUCCACUAUUAUUACGAGUAUUUUGCAACACUGGUCGUCACCACAACAUAAUGGACUACAGCCGAGGAAACGUCCCUUCAAAUGAGCUGCAAAUUUACACAUGGAUGGACGCAACACUAAGAGAAAUCACCGGCCUAGUAAAAGAAGUUAACCCAGACGCGCGGAGCAAAGGAACUUACUUUGAAUUCUCACUAGUUACUCCCGAGCCGCGUAACUCUGGUUACCGAAUGCGUGAAAUCGGUGUCACUUGCUCAGGACAGAAAGGAGCUGAUGAUAACAAAACACUUGCUCAAGUAAGAUUCACCAUCGGCGACUACCUAGACAUCUCGAUAACUCCUCCGAACCGUAUGAUGCAGCCAGCUGCUAGACGUGGUGGUCUCCGUCAAUAUUAAUCUUCAUAUUUUCAUUUAAGUUUAAAUUAAGAUUAUUUAUCGAGAAUGAUUAUCUUUUGGUAUAAAUACUUGGUAAUUUCUUACUGAUUAUUAUUUACUUUAAUUUUAUAACAAAUAUUUUAUGAUUUACUGAAAUGUAGGAAAAAAAAUUUAUUUACAUUUGUCAAAAAUAAUUACAAUAAAUAAUACAAUUAAUAAAU